GGCGAGCAACAGAUUGUUUAAAACCCUAACUCGUGAUUUUUGUUGGCAGAUUUCAUGCGUCUGGAAAGAAGCCUCAGAGGAAAAUUUCUCCUCUGCUGCUCCAAAUCCUUGGGGAGCUUCUGGCACCUACAAAAAGCAAGCUAUGUUGAUGUGACUAUGAAAUGGAAGAAGGAUCCCUCCUUCGACACCAUCGACAUUCUCUCCAAGUCCAGAGAUCUCCGAUCCCUCAUCUCACUCAAGAACAUCAUCAUCAAAGAGUCUGAUCAAUGUUUACCCAUCUCCGCUGUCUCGAAGCGCGGCCGCGAGCUCGAUGUCUCAGGCCGGGUUGCGAGCUUCCUUCGGCGAUACCCGGCAAUCUUUGAGGAGUUUACCGGUCCCAAGUACAACCUCCCCUGGUUUCGGCUCACCAAAGAAGCCAUCGAUAUUGACAGAAAAGAGGGCGAGAUCUACUUGAGGCGGCGGCCAGAGAUCGUUGGCCGGCUGCGGCGGCUCAUAUUGAUGUCAAGAGAGAAGAGUCUGCCCUUAAGGAUUAUCCAAGGAAUGCUCUGGUAUUUGGGUCUCCCUGAAGAUUUCCUUAAGAAUCCAGAAGUGGUUUCGGACGGGUGCUUCCGAAUAAUUGAGAUUGAAGGCGAGGAGCAGUGGUUGUGCGCCGAAGCCGAUUCCAACGAGCAAGUACUUUCUGUUUUGCAGAGAAAUUCCAUUAAACAGGGCAGUAGCGGUCCAGUUGCUUUCCCUCUCUUUCCUUCAAAGGGUCUUCGAUUGAAGAAAAAGAUAGAGAGCUGGCUGGAUGAUUUCCAGAGGCUCCCCUAUAUAUCUCCCUAUGAAGAUUUCUCUUCUCUGGAUCCAAACAGUGAUGUAUCAGAGAAACGAGUCGCUGGUGUUCUCCAUGAACUCCUUAGCAUUUUUGUGGAUUACUCAGCGGAGAGAAGGAGGCUUCUUUGUCUCAGGAAGCACUUGGGUUUACCGCAGAAGUUUCACAAAGUGUUUGAGCGCCAUCCUCAUGUGUUUUACCUUUUUCUCAAGAGCAAGACUUGCUUUGUGGUUCUCAAGGAGGCUUAUAAUGGGUUGUCGGCAUCUGCAAUUGAGAUACAUCCAAUGUUGGAGGUGAGAAAAAAGUAUGUUGAGUUGAUGAAUAAGUCUGAAGUAAUACUGAGAAGUCGUCGCAGCAGAAAACCGUUGGUAGAAGAUGAGAGUUAUUGUUAAUUUUGAUUUAGCAAUGGAAGAAGGCUUGGAGAAGUGGUUCUGUAAAUCCUAAAAGCAAGCAUGCUCAAAUUGGUAAGCUGAAAUUCAAAUCCUUAUGAGAAAUGGUACUAUGUUUGUCCAAUGAUCAGCAUAUCCUGUAAGGAUCCUCCUUACCGAAUCAUUGAUAUUGUCUGUUUUUUUUUUUCCCUUCGCAUUUCCUUGAGAUCUUUGAGCAUAUUUAGUUAAGCUAAACAUGUUUAAACUAUAAUGAAAACCACACGAUGAGAUUAUUAGGAAAAUUCCCUGUAUGGUAUAUGUUGUUUUCAGAACUUAGUUGUGGUAAUAGCGAAAUCAAGCUGAAAACUUGUAACGUUUCGUCUGAUUAUAAUAACUUGUAUAAGAUGUGGAAUUGCAUAUAUGUUUUGAAUCCUAAUAAAUAGCAAACAUUUUGAAAUGCUUAA